AUGAAUGAACGUUUAUCCGAAAAAAGACAUAAUUGGUAUCCAACAAGUAAACAUUGGUUCAUACCAGGUUAUCCACCAUAUCCAUAUAACAACCAAUUCGGCUACUCUGCACCACCGCUUCCAUAUGGCUAUCCCAGUUGGUUUGGUACUCCUGCUGCCUUCCAAUAUGGAGCUCCAUGGCUUUCUCCGCACGAUUCGUAUGUGCUCAUGGCUUAUAGUGGUCAAUCUUUUGCUCCACUCUCAAGUGAUUAUUAUUUUAAGCCGUUGCCCGGUGCUAAUCGUCGUCAACAAUGA